CUGAUAUUUUAGUUCUUGAUAUAUACAUACCUAACACGUAUAUGAUUCAAUGACUGAGAAGAUGCUUGACUCCACCCAUCCAGGGAUGAAUGAUCAAAGCUGCUCCCAUCUAGCAUCCAUUUAUGGCAAGGAUUUCCUUGAGCUUGUAUGGGGAAAUGGUCAAAUUCUUGUACAAGGAGGUUCAUCAAGCAGAACACGAAAGACUCCUUCGUGCACUGAGGAUUCAAAAAACCCUUCACGUAAAGAGGGAGCAAUAGAUGAAGAUGCCAGCAUUGCAAAAAGAACUCAAAGGGAUUCUGACCUGAGCUCUUCAAAUCAAAGCAAUGGCCAAGAUUCCCAAAGCAAGAGCUCCUCUAAGCUUAAUGAAGAAUCUGCAUACUUAACACCAAUAAAAGAUUCUAAGCUCAUUGCGGGAGCUACAAGUAAUAGUCACUUGUGCACAUACUCCUCACAACAGAGCUUACAUUCAGCUCCACUCAAGAAACCAAGAAUGGAAUCAAGCCAAACACCAGCAACAAACUCACAGAAACAGUACUUGGGAUGUGAUCAAAGAACACGAAAGGUGAACUUCGCAAACUUUUUAAUACCAGCAGUCUUUCUUAAACCCAUUUAUGAGGGAAACAAUGCAAGAGUGGAAGAAAUUGAAGUGGGAAAGGUUGAGAAAGCAGAAGCUGCUUCUACUAGUAGUAAAGAUCUUGAUCAUUCCACACUGAUUGAAUCGGCUAAAGGAUCACAAGGUCUCACAGGAUUUCAAGAGCAAACAUCUUUAACUGCUAACAAAUCGAACCCAGCUUUGCUUGUUGAAAGAAGCAUGGAACCACCCUUUGACGAGCACUCUGAAGCUGCUGGCCAUAACUGUGCCCUUGGAAAUAAAACCUCAAGCUCAGAAGCAGUUAAAGGAAGGGGAAAAGCUAAUACUAACUUGUGUAGUGAACCCUUCCUAGCAUCUUCUUCUGUAUGCUCGCUUGGAGCCUCAAACGAUCCAAACUUUGGUAGUAGGAAACAUGAGGAUACUGAUGGUUCAACAUAUUUAAGUGAUAGUGAUGAAGAACCGGAAGAAGAUAUGGUAAAGCAAAUGCCAGUUCGGCAGGGUAACAGAAUCAAAAGAAGCAGGAAUCCUGAGAUUCAUAACUUAACUGAAAGGAAGCGGAGAGAUAAAAUCAACAAGAAGAUGCGUACAUUGCAAGAUCUCAUACCUAAUUGCAAUAAGGUGGACAAAGCUUCAAUGCUUGACGAUGCUAUCCAAUAUCUUAAGACCCUCAAGCUUCACUUACAGAUUAUGUCAAUGGGUAGUGGGCUUUGUAUGCCACUUAUGAUGUUACCUACCACCGCACAUCAUAUUAAUGCGCCAAAUUUGCCACAGAUGAUGGGAGUUGGAAUGGGUUUCAGGCCAGGCACAGGAAUCCCUUGCAAUCCAACACAGUUCCCUAUUCCACCACAGUCUGGUAUCACAGAUAAUGGACUUCAAAUGUUUGGUUUCUCCAACCAAAUACCAUUCAUGCCAAUUCCUUAUGCACCUUUCAUUCCUAGUAAUGGAAACUCUUCUACAGAACCUCUUUUGCCAACCAACCUGGCUGAGCAUCUAGCUAAUUCAGUCCCCAAGAACUCAAAUCUUCACGCAAAGGCUGAAUGUGCAACAAAGCAAGCACGGAAUUACGUUUCCCUUCACCAUAGCAUUAGCCAUCCCUUUGGUUUUCCCACAACAACAGAGGAAAAAAUGAAAAUGGAUUGGUAGAGAAAACUAGAAUGAGGAAAGAAAGAUUAAACAUGUUAAAGGCGAGUGUAAAGUUGGUUUGCACUUUACAGAACGAUAGUAGGAUUUGAUCAUAGAUUCUCAGCAGCAGAUUCUGAUAGUUCACACUUUGUUGCUUUUUUACUUUGAUUUACUGAUGAAAAUGAUCGAUAGAAAAAACCAUGAGUUAUAAAAAUUAA